GCUCUACUCUCCAACAUGCAGAUCACUCGUCUUGUGGUUACCUUUGCCCUUGCCGUCAGCACUGCCAGCGCGCUGCCACGGGGCAAUCCUGGGGGUGACUGCACCAAUUCCCCGGCGGCGAGCGCGGACAACCUCGAUGUGACUGGAGAUACGCAUCAGAAACGGUCGUUUGACGGCUCCAUGCAGCCGUUCGUAAAAGUUGGUGUCUCUUCCAACGACCCGCAUGGAUCUUCCUCCGCCAGCCAGCCUAUGCACCAAGAUGCGAUGAAGGAGAACGAGUCUUCGGGCGCUUCCCAGACAAUGUCCAUGGGCCACGAAGACAACAGAAAUGGCCAUCUCGCCGGCCCCAAAGGCUCCGAUAAGCAACUCGAGGGGUUGAUUCACAUCACAAGGGCCCCUGAGUCUCAACGCAGUGCCCAGGGUUCGAUCAUCUCUUGCUCGAACAAAAUGCCCGCUGUUCAACAAAAUGCCAUGGAAACCCUGCACCACGGUGCGGGUAAGGGGCUGAUGGACUCGGAAAACAAGAUCAACUUCGGCGUCAGGGCCCGUGGGCUUUUGAGAACCUUUGGCCAGGCUUGGAGCCGUAUGCGAACCGAACCAGAACAACGCGAGCAGCAACAGGCAAUGGCGGCCCGCCAGGACAGAAGCCAGCUGUCCAUGUCCACAGACAAAACGGACGUGAACGGCCAGAGACAACAAGCCGCAUCCUCGGUGACGCAGAUCGAUAAAGUUCGGGAAGAGAGGAACCACGAGGACUGCAACCAGAGGCCAGACAAUGCCGCCGCAGACGUCCAUGCCCAACAGCACAAUCAGAACCAGAACCAGGCCCGGUCGCAUACGGAUGGAUCUGGGGUCCACGCUGACGAAAUGGAGCGGAUGAACAGCCAGCAGAAUGCAGGCCGGGAGCAGCAUCAAGUACAAAAGGAGUCAAAGCAGAUGGAUAAGCAGGAAGCGGAGUGCUCACAGCAACAACAGCGGAUGGAGCAGCAGCAGAUGCAACCUCAGUCAGAAAUGGCGGAGUGCUCCCGGUCCGCCAUGGGUGAUUCACGCCGGCAAGUUCGCCAGCAGCGCUGCAAUAGCCCUGAUGCUAACGACCAUCUCAGGCAAAGCUCCCGCAUCAAUGAACAGGACAGAGAGCAAACCCAUACCUAGAGCGGAGUCCUAUCGUAGGUGUCGGCUUGGAAUAGGGAUUCUCGACGGUUCCAAGGAUAGCGCGAGUGGGUUCGACAAACCCAGGAGAAAACAUGUUGUUGGGUUGGAGGCUUGACUGCCAGAUCUUGUGGUUCUUUCUGAUCGGCCAAGUCGUAACCGGUGUCUUCAUUUCUUGUCCGUCAGGACCGUCACGCGUUCCUGGACCUCCCGUGCCAGGCGGGCGCUAACUGGCGCGUGACACCUUUUGUGUUCUUAGCCGCCCUCGCGUUGC